AUGGGCUGCGCAUCAUCGAAACCUGCUUCUCGUGAAUUCAAGAUCCCAAGACCCGACGAAAAUGGAGAUUGCAGCAGCACUGAUAGUCACGUCGUGCACCUCACUUCAACCACCUAUGGCGCUCUCGAGCUCGGAAGCCAUGAAAUUCAGAAGCCUGAGUUGGAAGUGACAACCACACCAGAAGGAUUUCCCGAGAUCAUCGAUGCGAGGGAGCUUAUGCAAGGAAUUGAAUCGGAAUUGAAAUUGGAAUCGGAAUCGGAAUCGGAAUUGCCUGGUGCAAUCCACUUCGGAAAACACCCAAAAUCUAGGGUUUCGUCGAGGAAGAAAAUUGGGGGAAAGGAGAACAGAGGAAUAGCAGCAAUCCAAAUCAGGUCGCCGUCAUCGGAGAAAGGGCUCAGAGUCAGACCAGCCCUGAAAGAAGUCAGCAACACGUUCCCGGAGAACACAGUGAAGAAGCCAUGCCCAUGGCCAUCGGUAGAAACGAAAAGACGAAAAUGCCCAUGCCCUCCGGACGCGGUGGUGCUGUACACGACGACGCUACGGGGAAUCCGGAAGACGUUCGACGAGUGCAACGUGGUCCGAUCGAUUCUGGAGUGGCAGGGCGUGCGGACGAUCGAAAGGGACAUAUCGAUGGACUCUGGAUUCCGGGAGGAAUUGAGGGGCCUGAUGGAGGACGAGGCGAGGGUGCCGGCGGUGUUCGUGAAAGGGAGGCUGAUCGGAGGGGCGGAGGAGAUGCUGAGGCUGGAGGAGGAGGGGCGACUGGGGAGCCUGCUGGACGGUGUGCCCAAGGCGGCGGCGGCGGCGGCGUGCGGGGGUUGCGGCGGGGCGCGGUUUGUGGUGUGCGGGCAGUGCUAUGGGAGCUGUAGGGUUUGGUCAAACGGGAAAUGCGCCAAGUGUAAUGAGAACGGCUUGAUUGUUUGUCCCUUGUGCACUUUCUUGUGUACUUAA